AGUAUUCUUUGACAUUUUGGCGGAAGGAAUAUAAGCAGGAUGAGUAGAUCAAAGCAAAUUGAUCUUCUUCAAAAUCGGGAUGAAGCCGAUUUGAACGUUGAAGUUAUCUACGACUGCAAAGUAUGCCGUAGUUCAAAGUUAGAUGACAGUGAAAAACAGCAGAAGCACGACUCAACCGUACAAUUAUUCAAGAUAGCUGAAUAUCAAGGCGAUGUUAAUAGUCGUUUAAUCUCUAAACUCUUAUAUCAAGAUAGAGCCUGUGUUAAUUGCCAAAAUGACGAUAAACAUACCGUUCUACACAAAGCUAUUAUCCACGAGAAUAUUAUAGUUUUGAACAUACUUUUAAAAUCAAACUUUUGUAACAAUUGGAAUAUAUACAAUGCUCUUCUAUUAGCCAUAAGUCGUGGAUCGACAAAAAUAGCUGAGGAUUUUAUUAAGACAAACGUAAUUUACGAAAAAAUUAAAAUGUACGCUUUUGAAAAAGAAACUAAAGGUUUAGAAACUGAUGGAAGUGACGAUAUUGGGGAAGAUACGAAUCUGUUUAUGGUUGAUGUGACACCGAUAAUGUUGGCUUCGCAAAAGAAUCAGUUUUCUGUUGUAAAGUUACUUUAUGCUAGAGCGGAAAGAAUAUCUGAACGGGUGUUAAAUAAAAGGAAAUUUGAACUCGACGAGCUAAAAUUCAGUAGAACGAAAUUGAAUGUUUAUAGAGCCUUGGCUUCGGAUACUUAUCUCUGUAUAGGUUUUAGGAGCGAUCCCAUUUUUAAAUCAUUCGAAUUAGCCAAGAAAAUGGACAAUUUAUCUAUUACGGAAAGACAUUUUAGGAAAGAAUAUCAACAAUUGAAAACCCAAUUGGGGGGAUUCGUUUGUCGUCUCUUAGAUAGAGUAAGGCAUCAGGAAGAGCUAUCCGUUAUAUUAAAAGAACAAAGCGGAUUAAUUAAUUUACAUAAUGAAAGUGACGACGAAACGAAUAACACUAUGCCAAGACUAAAAUUAGCAGUUCAAUAUGGCCUUAAAAAAUUUGUCGUUCACCCGUCUGUCCAACGAAAAGUUCAAACUAGAACUUACGAUAAUCCACUGGCCGAGCAUCUCUUCAAUACCAACAUUUUCUGUUCAUUUCUCAACCUUAUACCAUUCAUUUUCCUUUAUUUACUUGCAACAGUUUUUUAUCUUAUUUAUCCUUUCAAUACCAGACUAAAGGUUAAAACUUUCUUAAAGACCCCUAUUGUUAAAUUUCUGAGUAAUUUAAUUGUAUCUGUUGGAUUUGUUAUCAUUAUCCUCAUCCACUCUAUUCGAGAAGAUCCCAGCUAUCAUAUUGACGGAUCAGCUGCACGGAUCAGUACUCAUCCAAAACUAAGCCAAACGUUCUGCACUUUCUUAAGCGAACAAACUAUGGCUAGGAAUAAAACUUCUGGACAACUAAUUAAAGAUUAUUGUUCGUUAAGUUCCAUACAGAAGAGGGAAGUUGUUUACCCGUUUAAAGAUAUUGACGGAGUAAAGUUGGGGGAUGAAUUCAUCCGCAAUUAUUCGUUCCAAGUGACCUUUUGGAUAAUUAUGAUACUUGUUAUCGGUUUUGCCUUCCGUUACGGUAGACUUGUUUAUCACGAUACAUUGGUGUAUUUUUUGAGAAAUUGGUACAACGUUUUCGGCUUGAUAUCUAUGAUAUUGUAUAUGCUAUAUAUAGUUUUCGUGAUAUAUACAAGAGCAAGGGUUAUAGAGGCCAUCGAUUACUUUAAUCGAACGCCAACCGCCUGGAGAGAUUUGCUUUAUUCAAAUAAUAGCGAAGCGGAGAGAAGAUGGAGUAAUAUUCCGGCUGAUAGAAGAUUGUGGCCUGACAGUGAUUUGGGUAUUAUAGGAGAAAUAUGCUUUUCAGUUGGUUGUUUAUCAAUGUUUCUCAGUUUCUUCAGCUUUUUUAUCGCCAAUGAACAUAUUGGGCCAUUGGUUAUUAGUUUAGUUAGGAUGGGAGGCGAAAUGAUAAGAUUUUCAGUUCUCCUUAUCACAACUUUAUUAUCAUUUAUUCUCAUCUUUGUCAGACUUUACAUGAACUUUGCACCAAAGAAUAGGUCCGUUAUUGAAGUUGACUUUGAUGUAAAAAGUUUCCAAUUUGGAGAGGACGGGGAUGCCGGUUAUAAGUUUGGGAGUUUUAUGUCGGCUUUUAGAACACUCUUCUGGGGUACAUUCGGUAUGGCGAGUUACUUUGACGUCGAAAUAGCUGGUGAAAACAAUCCUAACAACUUGGACUAUAGGACUCCUACUGUCUUUGCCGGUUAUAUUAUGUUUGGUAUAUAUCAUUGGGCUACAGUAAUCCUCUUGAUUAAUAUGCUGAUAGCUAUGAUGACUAGAUCUUACGAUCGUAUUGCUUCUGAUGAAGAUAUUGAAUGGAAAUAUGCAAGGACUAGACUCUAUUUGGAUUAUAUGCAAACUGACACAUUAUGCGUUCCUUUCAAUGUAAUUCCCACUCUAAAAACUUUGAUAAGAGUUUGUCGAUGGAUAAAAUAUAUUUUCAUGCAAUGCUUUUUCUCUCCAAAUAAGAAAAAAAGAGGUUUAAAAAGAUCGUUAAAGUCAACAAGAAGCGAUGAUAUAGACAGAUAUCAUAGCUUUUUCAAACACAAUCUUGAUACUGAUAAUACUAAAGGUAAAAAACUUACCUAUGAAAUGGUUAUGAAGCGCUUAAUAAGUAGAUUUUGGAAUUCUAAAUCUACACGCUUCGAAGAAGAUACAAAGUUAGAAAGGGAAUCUCCUAAGCUCCUUGCAGAUGAUGCUAACAACGAUAUGUCUACCAUGAGAAAGGAAAUAAAUCAUUUAAUGGAGAUGAUAAAGCAAAGGGACUCAACAACAAACAAUUUUAUAAAUAACUUAAUGGACUUGCAGGACCUAAUGAAAGAUAUAGAUGUAAAGAGCGACGAAUUUGCAAGACAACAAGUCGAAUUAAGACUAAAAAUGGAAAACUUUUCUUGCGAUUGUCCUUGUUGGGAAUUAAUGCAAUCUGUAGGAUUAGUUAGGAACAUACCUCAUACCUCCGAUCUGCAAGUUUCAGAAUCAUCCACAGCUAGCACAAGUAGGCUAGUUGGUGUUCGUUUAAUGAAUGAUGCAGAAUAAGUAUUGUGUAAGUACUACUCGUUUGUAAUAUACUUGGAAUAAAAGAUAAACAAUAUAACGUAUUCAAAAUGAACAAA